AUGUCAGGCGUUGAGGCAGACAGUCACAAAUGUCAGGACGUUGAGGCAGACAGUCACAAAUGUCAGGACGUUAAGGCAGACAGUUACAAAUGUCAGGACGUUAGGGCAGACAGUCACACAUGUCAGGAAGUUAGGGCAGACAGUCACAAAUGUCAGGACGUUGAUGCAGUCAGUCACAAAUGUCAGGACGUAAGAGCAGACAGUCACAAAUGGCAGGACGUUAAGGCAGCCAAUCACAAAUGUGAGGACGUUCAGGCAGCCAAUCACAAAUGUGAGGACGUUAAGGCAGCCAAUCACAAAUGUCAGGACGUUAAGACAGACAGUCACACAUGUCAGGACGUUAAGGUAGACAGUCACAAAUGUCAGGACGUUAAGGUAGACAGUCACAAAUGUCAGGACGUUAGGGCAGACAGUCACAAAUGUCAGGACGUUUGGACAGUCAGUCACAAAUGUCAGGACGUUAAGGCAGCCAAUCACAAAUGUGAGGACGUUAAGGCAGACAGUCACAAAUGUCAGGAUGUUAGGACAGACAGUCACAAAUGUCAGGACGUUGAGGCAGACAGUCACAAAUGUCAGGACGUUAAGGCAGCCAAUCACAAAUGUCAGGAAGUUAGGGCAGACAGUCACAAAUGUCAGGAUGUUAGGACAGACAGUCACAAAUGUCAGGACGUUAAGGCAGACAGUCACAAAUGUCAGGACGUUAAGACAGACAGUCACACAUGUCAGGACAUUAAUGCAGACAGUCACAAAUGCCAGGCUGGAUGUUAUGGCAGACAGCCAUUAAAGCUAGGGCAUUACGGCAGCCAAUUAUGA